UCGCAACCCGGAGUCCGGAUCCGAUCCCGCUCUGCACAUUCCAAAGGCAGGUGUCGGCGAUGGCUGACGAUGGCAGUGAAGAGAUCAUGUUCAUCUGGUGUGAAGACUGCAGCCAGUACCACGACUCUGAAUGUCCAGAGCUGGGCCCGGUGGUCAUGGUCAAAGACUCCUUUGUGUUGAGCAGGGCCAGGUCGUCCCUUCCUUCCAACUUGGAGAUCAGACGACUGGAAGAUGGAGCCGAAGGCGUGUUUGCUGUAACUCAGCUGGUUAAGCGAACACAGUUUGGUCCCUUCGAGUCGAGGAGAGUCGCCAAAUGGGAGAAGGAAUGUGCGUUUCCGCUGAAGGUGUUCCAGAAGGAUGGGCACCCCGUGUGCUUUGACACCUCUAAUGAGGACGACUGCAACUGGAUGAUGCUGGUGCGGCCGGCUGUGGAGCCCGAGCACCAGAACCUGACGGCCUACCAGCACGGCAAUGACGUGUACUUCACCACCUCGAGGGACAUCCCCCCAGGCACUGAGCUGCGCGUGUGGUACGCGGCCUUUUACGCCAAGAAGAUGGACAAGCCCAUGCUGAAGCAGGCCUGCUCCAGUGUCCACGCCGCAGGCACCCCGGAAAACAGCGCCCCGGUGGAAUCGGAGCCGAGCCAGUGGGUGUGUAAAGUGUGUUCCGCCACCUUCCUGGAGCUGCAGCUCCUGAACGAGCACCUGCUGGGCCACCUGGAGCAAACCAAAGGCCUCCCGGCCGGCCAGCCGGACGGGGCUCCGGAGAAGGAGCCUGACGCGUCUCGGGGGGAGCCGCCUGCAGCUCCCAAGAGCGUCAGUGCCACCAAAGAACCGAAGAAAAAGCCUCGAAGGGGGAGAAAACCCAAGGCCUCGAAACCAGAGCAGCCGCUGGUCAUCAUUGAAGACAAAGAGCCUGCAGAGCAAGUGGCAGAGAUCAUCACAGAGGUACCACCGGACGAGCCUGUACCCACGACGCCGGACGAGCACAUCAUGGAGCUGGUGCUGGGGAAACUGGCCACCACCACCAGCGACGCCACUUCAGUGCCCAAGUUCCCCCACCAUCAGAGCAGCAGCAUCACCCUCAAGAGGAGCCUGAUUCUCUCGAGCCGACACGGCCUCCGGCGGAAGCUGGUCCGGCAGCUGGGGGAGCACCGGCGGGUGUACCAGUGCAGCGCCUGCAGCAAGGUCUUCCAGAACAGCAGCAACCUGAGCAGGCACGUGCGCUCGCACGGUGACAAGCUGUUCAAGUGUGAGGAGUGUGCGAAGCUGUUCAGUCGGAAGGAGAGUCUGAAGCAGCACGUCUCCUACAAGCACAGCCGGAACGAGGUGGACAGCGAGUACAGGUACCGGUGUGGCACCUGCGAGAAGACCUUUCGCAUCGAGAGCGCGCUGGAAUUUCACAACUGCAGGACAGGAACCCUAGCACAGCCGGGAGAGGGGGGGACCAGAGACAGUCGGCUUAGACACCUACCAGAUGACAAGACGUUCCAGUGUGAGAUGUGUUUCAGAUUCUUCUCCACCAACAGUAACCUUUCCAAGCACAAGAAGAAACACGGGGACAAGAAGUUUGCUUGCGAAGUCUGCAACAAAAUGUUCUACCGCAAAGAUGUCAUGCUGGACCACCAGAGGAGGCACCUGGAAGGAGUCAGGCGGGUGAAGAGAGAAGACCUGGAGGCCAGCAACGAGAGCCUGGUGCGCUACAAGAAGGAGCCUUCAGGAUGCCCCGUGUGUGGCAAGGUGUUCUCCUGCAGGAGCAACAUGAACAAGCACCUGCUGACCCACGGCGACAAGAAGUACACCUGCGAGAUCUGCGGCCGCAAGUUCUUUCGCGUGGACGUGCUCAGGGACCACAUCCACGUCCACUUCAAGGACAUCGCCCUGAUGGACGACCACCAAAGGGAAGAGUUCAUUGGCAAGAUCGGGAUCUCCUCAGAAGAAAACGAUGACAACUCCGACGAGAGCGCAGACUCGGAGCCCCACAAGUACAGCUGCAAACGGUGUCAGCUCACCUUCGGCCGCGGGAAGGAGUACCUGAAGCACAUCAUGGAGGUGCACAAGGAGAAGGGCUACGGCUGCAGCACCUGCAACAGGCGCUUCGCCCUGAAGGCCACCUACCAUGCCCACAUGGUCAUCCACCGUGAGAACCUGCCGGACCCCAACGUGCAGAAGUACAUUCACCCCUGCGAGAUCUGCGGGCGCAUCUUCAACAGCAUCGGGAACUUGGAGCGGCAUAAACUCAUCCACACGGGUGUGAAGAGCCACGCCUGUGAGCAGUGUGGGAAGUCCUUCGCCAGGAAGGACAUGCUGAAGGAACACAUGCGGGUGCACGACAACAUCCGGGAGUACCUGUGCGCCGAGUGCGGGAAAGGCAUGAAGACCAAGCACGCGCUGCGCCACCACAUGAAGCUGCACAAGGGCAUCAAGGAGUACGAGUGCAAGGAGUGCCACCGCAAGUUCGCGCAGAAGGUCAACAUGCUCAAGCACUACAAGCGCCACACGGGGAUUAAAGAUUUCAUGUGUGAAUUGUGUGGAAAGACUUUUAGUGAGAGAAACACGAUGGAGACCCACAAGCUCAUCCACACAGUGGGCAAGCAGUGGACAUGCUCCGUGUGUGACAAGAAGUAUGUCACGGAGUACAUGCUGCAGAAGCAUGUGCAGCUCACCCAUGACAAGGUCGAGGCGCAGAGCUGCCAGCUGUGCGGGACCAAGGUUUCCACCAGGGCCUCCAUGAGCAGACACAUGCGACGCAAGCACCCAGAGGUCCUGGCCGUGAGGAUCGACGACCUGGACCAGCUUCCAGAGACCACCACCAUUGACGCCUCCUCCAUUGGCAUCGUGCAGCCUGAACUGGGGCUGGAGCAGGAAGACCUGGCGGAGGGGAAGCCCGUGAAAGCCUCCCGGAGAAGUCACAAGAGGAAGCAGAAGCCAGAGGAGGAGGCAGGGCCGCCCGUGCCCGAGGAGCCUGCCUUCAGCGAAUACUCCGAGAAGGAGCCCACGUUCACGGGCAGCGUGGGCGACGAGACCGACUCCGCGGUGCAGAGCAUCCAGCAGGUGGUGGUGACUCUGGGUGACCCGAACGUGACCACUCCAUCGAGCUCCGUCGGAUUGACCAACAUCACCGUGACACCCAUCACCACAGCAACCGGGACUCAGUUUACCAACCUCCAGCCGGUGGCCGUUGGGCACCUGACCACCCCAGAACGUCAGCUGCAGCUGGACAACUCGAUCCUGACCGUGACCUUCGAUACUGUCAGUGGCUCCGCCAUGUUGCACAACCGCCAGAACGACAUCCAGCUGCACCCCCAGCCGGAAACCUCGAAUCCGCAGUCCGUGGCCCACUUCAUCAAUCUGACCACCCUGGUCAACUCCAUCACGCCCCUGGGAAACCAGCUCAGUGACCAGCACCCGCUCACGUGGCGGGCAGUGCCCCAAACUGCUGACGUGCUGCCGGCCCCGCAGCCACAGGCGCCCCCGCCGCAGGCCGCGCAGCCCCAGGUGCAGGCGGAGCAGCAGCAGCAGAUGUACAGCUACUGA